ACAACUGCAGUAUCCGAAUCAGCCCCAGUAAAGCAUGGACUCUCCUGUAUAUCACGGGAACAUUGACAAAAAGACUUGUGAAGAACUGAUGCUGAAAAAGGGAAAGGAUGGGAGCUACUUGUUACGAGACAGCGAGACUAUUGCAGGAGCAUUCUGCCUCUGCGUUUACUUGAAGAAAGUGGUUUACACAUAUAGAAUCUUAAUGGACCACCGUGGAUAUUACACCUUACAGACUGCUGGCGGUGUUGAAGAAAAGUUCUUUCCGAACUUGAAGGACUUGAUCGCGAAUUAUAAAAGACGAGGGCAAGGCUUGGCAACGCCACUUCGCCACCCUGUAAAGAAAACAGAGCCUGCAGGUGUAUAUCAAAACGUGAGACAAGAAAAAACGGAUUAUAGAGCGGGUAUAUCCAUGUCCUGUUGGUCAAAACCUGCAGGAAACAGAAGAGAGAGAAGAAGAGAAAAGCAAGAAGCUGCUUCCACAAGGGAUGAUGCUGAUGAAUAUGAAGAAAUACAAGAUGAAGACUACGUGGUUGUCCUGCCCUCCUGAGAAACGCAAGGAUUGAAACGUUUUUACAGAAUGGACACCGCUGUCAUUCUGAACCGAACUGAGAUUCAGGAUCCCAUCACGCAGAUUCAUACUGCAUUAGACAGACACUGUGUGAAUCAGGGUUCCAUCACGCAGAUUCAUACUGCAUUAGACAGACACUGUGUGAAUCAGGGUUCCAUCACGCAGAUUCGUACUGCAUUAGACAGACACUGCAUGAAUCAGGGUUCCAUCACGCAGAUUCGUACUGCAUUAGACAGACACUGCGUGAAUCAGGGUUCCAUCACGCAGAUUCGUACUGCAUUAGACAGACACUGCAUGAAUCAGGGUUCCAUCACGCAGAUUCGUACUGCAUUAGACAGACACUGCGUGAAUCAGGGUUCCAUCACGCAGAUUCGUACUGCAUUAGACAGACACUGCGUGAAUCAGGGUUCCAUCACGCAGAUUCAUACUGCAUUAGACAGACACUGCGUGAAUCAGGGUUCCAUCACGCAGAUUCGUACUGUAUUAGACAGACACUGUGAAUGUACAAACACCUUUCAGAUGUUAUUGUAAAUUUGCUAACAAAAGCAGAUUAUGGACUUCUACUGAAGAUAAAAAGGUGCUGUAUCAAAGAAAGUGACACGUUUGUUCGAGGAAGACUGUCUGACUGGUGGAUGAAAGCUCUGCGGUUUACAUUAGAAAAUGCAUGUGUGUAUUUUUAGUUGAAUAGAGACACAAGUAUGCUGGAUUUCUGUAUUCCCAAUUCCAGGUUUACAUGUUCUUGAAAAAAACAUUACACCAGUGAAAACGUGCUGUUUUUGCAUAUCCUUCAUUUCCUGGUUGAAAACCAGUUUAGCAUUUCAAGAAACUUGAAGAAAGUAGUUUCACUUUAUAAAUAACAAAGUUAUGGGUGAAAACAGAGUUUACAAGACAACACGUCCCUGUUAAUUGUUAAUUCAAUGUUAAUUCAAUGACCAGAAUUUCAAAUCAGAAUUAAUAGAAACAGAAUUCCCCGUGCAUUCUACAUGUCAUCACAGUAUUUAACAUACAGUGUGUAUAUAUAUAUAUAUAUAUAUAUAUAUAUAUAUAUAUAUAUAUAUAUAUAUAUAUAUAUAUAUAUAUAUAUAUAUAUAUAUAUAUAUAUAUAUAUAUUCUGCCUUAUUCUCAAAGCUAUUUAACCUUGAUGGAUUCAAUAACAUGUGGCAUUUGUGAAACUGCUUACAAUGGAAACUCUGCUUUGUAAUGAAGCAAAGUGUCUGCAAUGUUAUUCCAGUGCUGCUCUUCCCUAACAAGACGGAACACAUGACCUCGUUUGUAGCAUAUGCUGUAAACUACAAGAUCAUUUUUCAAAUUGUAUGUAUGUAUGUAUUGUAGUUUCAUGAACCACACACUUUAAAUUAUAUAUGGUUUCAAAAGUGAGACAGACUGUAAUUUGUGACUUAUUUUCUUCUAUUUUUUUGGUGUAAGUGAUCCUACACUUGAAUAUGAUCCUUCUUAAGAU